GCAACACUAGUUUCGUUUUAGUCAUUCUUUUGUGUUCCUGUCUUUCUAGUCACUCAUUUUGAACAAGCAUCUUUGUUUUACAAAAAAUACAACAUUUGCUAUCGUCUUUUGGAAUUUCUUACAGAAUCACAACAUUUUAUUGUUUACAAAAAUGGAAUAUUAUCUCACCUCUCUUUUCGCACUUGUGGGCGCUGUAUCAGCAAUUGCCGUUCCAGCCGGCUCUUCUGCUGUAGUAGCAGCUCCAGCAGCAGGGACACCGGUUACUAUAACCCCUCAUGCACAAUUUGGCAGCUCAAUCGGUGUUCUUGGUUGUAUGAUUAACACUAAUCGUGUUGCAUACUGGCCUACUUACCCUGACUGCGGCGCUAGUAUGUGUGUGCAAGUAUCUUAUGGUGGACGCUCCGUCAACUUGCUCCAUAUCGACCAUUCAGGUGGAGCACAUGAUAUAUCUUAUGAUGCGUGGAAUUACCUUUACACGGGACAGUCUGCCACGGUAAAACCGGAACAAGGAGGGGGCAUACUCGCUACAUACACCACCCAGCCCAUGUCGGCUUGCUCGGAUUUGAUUUUGUCUCCAGAUAAGAAACUACCAUUCUCCGCUGGGAACUCGAUGAAUUACAUUUCGGCCUGCACACUUGCGGGGCCAAAUUGGAUCUCACAGAAUAGCGGAUUAUGGAACAUUGCAACAAGUACUUGUACAUAUGGGGUAGAUGAAGAAUGCACAUUGGAUUUAAAGACAAGUAACAACCCUGUCUGUCCAUCUCAGUUGGGCUUGCAGACACCGUUGUCUUCAAUGCCAGUUUUUGAUCUGGUAUACGGCACUGGAAAAUCUGUUUUGGCUUUAUGAAAAGUCAAUCGACAGCUGAGAGGAGAAAAUGGGGGAGAUCGACCUUAUAGGUUGAAAAGAUGUAAUAUCAUUGGAAUAAUUUAAAAUAGACUUGGAGAGAUA